GCCUCUCCUCUCAGUGCAGCUACAUGGUUUUCUGAAGGCUCUUUUGCUGUAGCUAGAGAUAAAAACUCCUUUAUGCACAUAACCAGCAACUCUCCAGUUUCUAUCUUUCCUCUCUCUCUCUCUCUGUACCUUCCCCUCCCCCACUUUGCACCAAAGAAGCCAAACUCUGGCUUGCUUUAAACAGCUUGAGGACUAAUCAGAAAGAGGAAGAAGAAUUAGUAUAUGUUGGCUAGCAAAUGUGCCCUGCCCUGACCUCUCUCUUCUUGAAAAAUAGCAGCAACACAACUUUGCAAGAAGCUUGCCUAAAGAGUAUGCACCCUGCGAAUGGAGUGCACUUUUAGCACCAUCCUGGGUAUCCCAGUUUACUCUGCAGCUCUCUCAACUGAAGGACUGAUAGAUUGGAUUUACUGAAGACUUGGAUUUCGCUUCUGAGAGAAAACACAAAGGAACCCUAAACUGUGAAGCUUGAAGGCAGCAGGCUGGGCAUACUCUGAUAUUGCAGCAUAAGAAGCAGUGGCCAUAAGAAGGGACAUUCGUGAAGGGAACUGCAGUACCAAAAAGAGGAACCAAGAGGACAGUCCUAAAGAACAUGGAUGGAGUCGGAAAUCAGACAGUAUCUUCUGUCAGUAAUAACAUAUGCCAGAACACUAUUGAUGAGUUCCGCAAUCAAGUGUACUCUACAUUGUAUUCUAUGAUCUCUGUUGUGGGUUUCUUUGGCAAUGGCUUUGUGCUGUAUGUCCUGAUAAAAACGUAUCAUGAGAAAUCAGCCUUCCAAAUAUACAUGAUUAAUUUAGCAGUGGCAGAUCUCCUGUGUGUAUGCACACUGCCUCUCCGUGUGGUCUAUUAUGUUCACAAAGGCAUUUGGCUCUUUGGUGACUUUUUGUGCCGCCUCAGCACCUAUGCCUUAUAUGUCAACCUCUACUGUAGUAUCUUCUUUAUGACAGCCAUGAGCUUUUUCCGGUGUGUUGCAAUUGUUUUCCCAGUCCAGAAUAUUAAUUUAGUUACACAGAAAAAAGCCAGAUUUGUAUGUGUUGGAAUUUGGAUUUUUGUGAUUUUGACCAGUUCCCCAUUUUUAAUGGCCAAAACUUACCAAGAUGAGAAAAACAAUACCAAGUGUUUUGAGCCUCCACAGGACAAUCAAGCAAAAAAAUAUGUUUUGAUCUUACAUUAUGUGUCAUUAUUCAUUGGCUUCAUCAUCCCUUUUGUCAUUAUACUUGUCUGUUACACAAUGAUCAUUUUGACCUUACUAAAAAAUUCAAUGAAGAAAAAUCUGUCAAGUCGUAAGAAGGCCAUAGGAAUGAUCAUAGUUGUAACAGCUGCCUUUUUAAUCAGUUUCAUGCCAUAUCAUAUUCAACGUGCACUCCACCUUUAUUUUUUACACAAUGAAACUAAAUCUUGUGAUUCUAUCCUUAGAAUGCAGAAGUCGGUGGUCAUAACUUUGUCUCUAGCUGCAUCGAAUUGUUGCUUUGACCCUCUCCUAUAUUUCUUUUCAGGCGGGAACUUUAGGAGAAGGCUGUCUACAUUUAGAAAGCAUUCUUUAUCCAGCAUGACUUACAUGCCCAAGAAGAAGGCCUCCUUGCCAGAAAAAGGAGAAGAACUGUGUAAAGAAUAGUUUGAAACCAUCUCCAAUGCAAACCAAUGAGAAGAAUUUCCCAAACAUUUCCCCAAAUCCCUUACAGUAAAAAUUAAAAUUUCCAUUAAUAUA